AUGGCGCCUCGUUUAUUUAAGAAAGCGAAAUCUAAGACCAGAAAGUUGUUGCAAACAGCCCCCCUAGAAUCUUCGACUCCUCCGCCACAAACACCUUCCCCAACAUCUGCUCAGCAAGCAACUCAGCCAACAUCUCAGCCACCGCCUUCUCCACUCACCUCGACAGAUGCCGAAACCUCACCACUGCCGAGUCUACAAGAGCGAAUUUGGAACGAGGCCUACGAUAAGCUCAAAGAGAACGAGCCCAAACUGGUUGGGGUAUACGAGAAGAUCUUAUCAGCUAAGCUACACGGAGACGACCCGAGCUCUGCUACUCGCGAACCAACAGACAACGAGAUAGGAGAGACUCCGAGGACACGAUGUGGCCAAAUGCAACAGCUGGUUCAGGCUGGACUGGACCGGACGCAGAAGCAAGCGUCUAUCAAGCAAGGCAUCGACGAAGGCCUGCAAGCGGUGCAGGAGGUCAGAAGAAUAGUGGACAAGGCGCUGCAUGCCGCUCCGGAAGCUGCUGUCGCCUGGGUCGGCGUCUGCCUCGGACUGGAGAUCCUCUCGAACCCCAUCGCCGAGGCACGCGAUAACCGCAAAGGCAUCGCCUACGUCCUGUCGAGAAUGGAGUGGUACUGGAACUUGGUGUCUCUGCUUCUUGACGAGAACAAGGCCGAGCAAUCAUCUGCGGGGCUGCGAGUCCAACUGGAGAAGCACGUCGUGCAGCUCUACGAGAAGCUCCUUACAUAUCAAAUCAAGAGUGUCUGCCUUUACUACCGGAAUUGGGCUGCCAUCAUCGGAAGGGAUCUGCUCAAAAUCGACGAUUGGGCUGGCAAGCUCAGCGAGAUCAAGGAAGCCGAGGCUGCCGUGCAAGGAGACAUGGAGCAAUACAAUACCGGAGAGAGCAGAAUGCAACUUCGGAAACUCACCGACGCUGCGGGCGCUCUAGAGAUGAAUCUCCAAAACAUUCAUUCGGCCAUCAAAGGCGUACAUUCGGCCAUUGAAACGCAAACGCAACAUCAAGAGAAGCGGCACCAAGACGACGAGGCGAAGCAAUGCCUGAAAGACCUGCACGAGACUGACCCUCGCGACGACAAAACGCGCAUCCAAGAGACAAAAGGCGGCCUGCUCAGGGACUCUUAUCUUUGGAUCCUCGACAACAACGAAUUCCGGCAGUGGCGUGACGAACCGCAAAGACAGCUGCUCUGGAUCAAAGGUGAGCCUGGCAAGGGCAAGACGAUGUUGCUAUGUGGCAUCAUCGACGAGCUGGAGAAAGAGCCCGGCAAUCACCUGUCCUACUUCUUCUGCCAAGCCACUGAGGCAAGGCUGAGUAACGCGACUGCGGUGCUGCGCGGUCUGAUCUAUCUGCUAGUUGCCCAGCAACCAUCGCUCAUCCUGCAUAUUCGGGAGAAACACGACCAUGCGGGCAAGCAGCUUUUCGAGGACGGGAAUGCCUGGGAAGCCUUAUCCAAGAUCCUCGCAGCCAUGCUUAAUGACCCGAUUUCAGACGGUGCUAUCCUGAUUUCCAAAUGGAUCAUAUCUAGCCGCAAUUGGCUGGAUAUUGAGGAGAAACUCGGCCAUGCAAAGCAGAAGGUCAGGCUUCAGCUCGAGCUGAACCAAGACUCCAUCUCCAAGGCUGUCGACACAUACAUUGGAUACAAGGUGGAGAAGCUAGCGGGCCUCAAAAACUACGACAAGGAAACAAGGGACGCUGUUCAACGCCAUUUGGUUGGCAAUGCCGAUGGCACCUUUCUCUGGGUAGCCUUGGUUUGUCAAGAACUGGCAGAUUCCAAGGUCCGAAAACGACAUACGCUGGACACAUUGAAGUCAUUCCCUCCAGGUCUUGAUCCUCUCUAUAAGCGAAUGGUGGAACAUAUCAGCGAUUCGAAAGAUGCAGAUCGUUGCAAGGAUACCCUCGCUCUUGCUUCGGUUGUAUACCGACCCAUCAACUUGGACGAGUUGAAGGCUCUUGCCGAGUCGCUCGACGAUCUUGACCAGGAUGAGUUGGAAGAAAUCAUCAGCUCCUGUGGUUCUUUUCUGACUCUUCGAAAAGGCGUCAUCUACUUUGUGCAUCAAUCAGCCAAAGAUUUCCUGCUCAAGAACGCGUCAAAACAAAUCCUACCUUCUGGCAUUGCGCACCAGCACUAUGCCCUCUUCUCGAGGUCGCUAGGGGUCCUGUCGGAAACUCUUCGACGAAACGUCUACAGUCUCAACACGCCAGGAUUCUCCAUUGAUCAGGUCUCACCGACUAAUCCCGACCCAUUGUCCCCAAUUCGAUAUUCAUGCGUCUACUGGGUUGACCAUCUUCACGACUCAGAUGUCGCAGAAGUCAACGACAUUCUACGGGAUAACGGCAACGUCCAUGUAUUCAUCCAGAAGAAGUACUUGUAUUGGCUGGAAUGUCUUGGUCUGCUACGAAGCAUAUCGGAGGGAACCAAGGCGGUACACAAGCUCGAGGCUUUAGUGAAAAUCGCGGGAGCGCAGAAACUGACAGAACUACUUCGAGAUGCGCGCCGAUUCAUUCUUUCUCAUGCUCGCGCCAUCGAGAUUGCUCCAUUGCAGGCUUAUGCGUCUGCACUCGUGUUCAGUCCUGAACACAGUCUCACCAGAGAGCUCUUUAAGAAGGAGGAGCCGGAUUGGAUGGUAUUGAAGCCAAGAAUGGAGGCAGAUUGGAACGCUUACGAGAAGACGCUUGAGGGCCAUGGCAAUUGGGUGAGGUCGGUGGUGUUCUCGGCAGAUGGCCAGCGUAUUGUAUCUGGCUCAGAUGAUAAGACAGUCAAGAUCUGGGACGCGGCCACGGGCGUAUGCGAGCAGACGCUCGAGGGCCAUGGCGAUUCGGUGACGUCGGUGGUGUUCUCAGCAGAUGGCCAGCGUCUUGCAUCUGGCUCAUAUGAUGAGACAGUCAAGAUCUGGGACGCAGCCACGGGCGUAUGCGAGCAGACGCUCGAGGGCCAUGGCGAUUGGGUGUGGUCGGUGGUGUUCUCGGCAGAUGGCCAGCGUCUUGCAUCUGGCUCAGAUGAUAAGACAGUCAAGAUCUGGGACGCGGCCACGGGCGUAUGCGAGCAGACGCUCGAGGGCCAUGGCGAUUCGGUGACGUCGGUGGUGUUCUCGGCAGAUGGCCAGCGUCUUGCAUCUGGCUCAGAUGAUAAGACAGUCAAGAUCUGGGACGCAGCCACGGGCGCAUGCGAGCAGACGCUUAACGUUGGGAGAGUAUUAUAUCACCUUUCAUUUGAUCCAAGGACAAAUUCUCUCUAUACCGACAUUGGACUCCUAAACCUAUAUCACCCGGCUCUACCGCCUGUCAUAAAUGAUCGGUCGACUGAGAUAACAUUACCGCGUGUUAGCCAUUCUGGAUGGGGUAUAAGCGCGGAUGGCGAAUGGAUCGUUGAAGAUGGAAAGAAGAUGCUUUGGCUGCCUCCGGACUAUCGAGGGGGCAUCCCCGCUAUUGAUAGAUCAACGGUCGCUAUCGGCUAUUAUUCAGGUCGUGUGUGCAAACGCUUACGGGGGAAGACGUGGACUGACUGGAAAGAAUUCCAAGAAUCUCAAAACCCUGAAGAUCUAACAGCUCGAAUCUUUUUUCGCAAGGGCCAGUUUGAGACCUGGCUCGCAUACUAUCUUGUCAAACAAGAUAUCAACACCGUACGGUAUAACAAGAACAAGAUAUUCCAAGCGGAUUUAAUUUCAAAACUUGAAAAAACUUCAUCGACAUUUCGCAAAAGGCUUGCUACGGCUGUAUCUGAAGAGAUAAACCCCGAAAUCAGAGAAAGGAUGCGAAACCUACGGCCAUACUGCCCAGCUCAAAGCAGUAGCUCCAGUGCUCUAGUCCCUCCAGCUGAUGAAAUGAUUCAGCACGAAGAGGGAGGAGAAGACAUUACUGGACACAAUGAUCCUGUUACGUUAAAUAAUGUGCACGGCUCAUCUGCGAGACUAGUCGAUACUGCCGCAACUCUACAGCAUGACCAUACCGACCCGGGACAGUCUGUCCCCGUGCCACCUUUGGAAGAAGCAACCUUCACGUGUUUCAAUGUUGAUAUUGAUGCUAUGUCUCAUCUCUUUGACGCCGACUUAUACAAUUCAAUCAUCAGGAACCCAAUCCUAACCACUCCGGGUUCAUAUGUGGCUGCCAUAUCGAUGCUUUUCUCGAACUUUCUGGAUGCGGAUAGGGCUACAUGCACCAUGAAGCUAGAUAUAAAAUCUGAUGUGGUAACGGAUUUUGCUCUUACAUGGUUCAGCGUUCCGUUGGGCAUAGAUUCUUGUGGGAAUCGAUGCUUGAAAUACAAUCAUGGAGGUUCGUCUGUGACGGCAUCACAAGAGUUUUUAUUUGAGGGUUGUAAGCUCGAUUUCAUACACAAAUACUUUAAGAAUGAUAUGAUGGAGGCUAUUACCAAGAACUCAGUGUAUCACGACGAAAGGCAACGACGCGAGAGCACAACAAAUUGUAUAAAAAUGACGAUCCCGAGUCGGGCUAGCGAGAAGGCCGUUAUACAUGUAUCAUUGAAUCUACUAAACGGAACGAGAAUCAAAGACAGGCUGUUCCCUCAGUAUGGAUUUUAUAUAAGCUAA